UCGGCGGGUCGCUGCGGUUGUGAUUUCGGACCAAUCGGGUGUCAGCCUGCGGGUUGUUUCGGUUUCCGGGCGCGAAUAGCACCACGAGUGAUCCCGGGAAGCCACCCGCUGAGAAAAGCACAGCGCAGCAGGGCAACCCCUCGUCCUCCUUCCUCGUCGUGACAAAAGAUGCACCAGUUCCUCCUCCUCUGGUUCAGGACCCGUUCAGGACAAAUGAGCAGCUUCUCCUGAUUCUUCUACUUUUUUAUUUUUUUAUAAUUUUUUUUUUUUUUUUCCCCAAAUGUCCCCGGUGCACAGAGGGACCGUGGCCAUGAAACGCAGCCGUGAGAUUUCGGCCGCCGGCAGAUUUUCUCCCCGCCGUGCUUUCUCCAAAACUUUAUGCGGCUCACCUGAUGACACGACCUCCGAUGGAUGCUUUCACCGGGGGGAUGAUUCUCCCAUCAAGUCAGAGGCGGAGGACAGUAACGAAAUGGCUUCGUCAGACGAAGACCGGGAUCCGGAUCAGGACCCGAGUGCCAUCGCGAGCCUGGCCUCCCCCAAAAAAAGCCUAAACAAAAUGAACAAGGAAAAGAAGAAGCUCACGGAGCUCACGCUGCAGUGGCUGGAGGAGAACUACAUUGUGUGUGAGGGAGUGUGCCUUCCCCGCUGCAUCCUCUACGCUCACUACCUGGACUUCUGUAGGAAAAUUAAAUUGGAGCCCGCCUGUGCUGCCACUUUUGGAAAAACGAUCCGACAGAAAUUCCCUCUCCUCACCACUCGGCGACUGGGGACCAGGGGCCAUUCCAAGUAUCACUACUACGGCAUCGGUAUCAAAGAGAGCAGCGCUUAUUAUCACUCUGUCUACUCUGGGAAAGGUUUGACCAGAUUUUCUGGGAGUAAAAUGAAGAAUGAGGGAGGCUUCACCAGGAAAUACUCGCUCAGCUCCAAAACGGGAACGCUGCUUCCGGAAUUUCCCAGUGCUCAGCACCUCCUUCUGCAGGGAAACAUCUCCAGGGAAAAGGUGGACACGCUGAUCGUGAUGUACAAAACACACUGCCAGUGCAUCCUGGACAACGCCAUCAAUGUCAACUUUGACGAGAUCCAGAACUUCCUGCUGCACUUCUGGCAGGGCAUGCCAGACCACCUGCUGCCCCUUCUGGACAACCCGCUGCUGGUGGACAUCUUGUGCGUUUGCGACUCCAUUUUGUACAAGGUUUUGACUGACGUUCUUAUUCCCGCCACGAUGCAAGAGAUGCCUGAAAGCCUGCUAGCAGAUAUCUGCAGCUUUGCCAAGCACUGGGAGCUGUGGCUGGCCUCUUCCCUGGACAAUCUCCCACAAUGCCUUGUGGCCAAGAAGCUGCCCAUCGCCCGUCGCUUCGUGUCUUCCCUCAAGCGGCAGACGUCCUUCUUGCACCUGGCGCAGAUCGCCCGUCCGGCGCUGUUCGACCAAAGCGUCGUGAGCAACAUGGUGACAGAUAUGGACAACGUGGACCUGAAUAGCAUCAGCCUCCAUUCGCUGCUCAGCAUCAACGCCAACGCCGACCAAUUACGCGACGCGUACUCCGACUAUGAGGCCAUCGCCGUCUUCAAGGAGCUGAAGGAGCUCCUGAGGAAGAACGCCACCGUGGAGUCGUUUAUCGAGUGGUUGGACACCGUGGUGGAGCACAAAGUUGUCAAGCCGGGCAAGCAGAGCGGCCGCUCGGUCAAGAAGCGAGCUCAGGACUUCUUGCUGCGCUGGAGCUUCUUCGGCGCGCGCGUGAUGCACAACCUGACGCUCAACAACGCCGCCAGCUUCGGUUCCUUCCACCUGAUCCGGAUGCUUCUGGACGAGUACAUCCUGCUCGCGCUGGAAACACAGUUCAACAACGACAAGGAGCAGGACCUGCAGAAUCUUCUGGACAAACACAUGAAAAAAGCAGGUGCCAGUAAAGCAGCCUUUUUAGCAUCUCCUAGUUCCUGCUUCUUAGCCAAUCGCAACAAGGCCGUCGGGUCAGCCCUCGUCGACCAAUCGGUGAAGAGCGAGUCCUCACUACAGGGUGACUCCAUGUCUCUGUCGGCCAAUAGGCAGCGAGUGGUGGAGAUGCACGUCAACGUCUACCCAGAGACAGAUUCUGUCUGCUUUCCUGGUCCAGGUGGUCUGACAGAAUCGUGCGCUUCCGUCAUGACGCCCCCGAUCUCUCCGGCAGCACUGGUGCACCGAGGCUCCGUCAUCAACCAGGGGCCCCGAGUCCCGACUUGUUCCUCGUCCUCAUACCCCUCCGCGUUGAGCUCUGUGAGCCAGCCCAACCCUUGCACCGCCUUCCCGGACAACUCGUACCCCUGCUCGGCGUACUUCCCUCCGUCCGCUUCCACCUACCAGCCUGCACUCAGGCCCGAGACGGAGAGCACUUUCGCAUCUUGCGUUCAGUCGUCAUCGUUGGCCUACCAGCUGUGUCGUUACACCGCUUUCGAAGACCAGCAGCCGCCUGCCGCCAAAGAAGUCUUGUACGGAGACGGCCAUCACUUCUCGUGCGGUUCCGGCGUUGGUCCGCCCUGCCCGGCGUCUCCUUACGUCUCUUCCGCUCGGCUUGCUUCCGGAUACGGCUGCGGACCGGACACCAUCUCGAGUGAUCCCAGGCUCGAAGCUCACAUCUUGGAUGCCGCCGAUGGAUUCGGCUUUGGACUAAACCACACGGGCGGUGACGGCGAGGUUGCGGGACAAACUUACUCAACUGCGGGACAAAACGCCACAGCUUAUUACGGAAACGGAAGCUACGAGGACAGCCAGCGGUUGGCGCCGGUGGUGGAGCAGCACGUAUCUGUCAUCAGCAGCGUUAGUAGCCCACUCCUCCUCCUGCGCUCGCCGUACUCCGACGUCCAUGACCCGCUGAACAUCCUUGACCGGCCCACCGCGAAAAACGCAACCUUCUACAAUGACGUGCAAAACGCGACAGGGCACUUCGCUUUCCCAGCAGCGUGCCGACGUGCGGGACCUGGUCUCCUCGCUGCCCCCCAUCGACACGGUCUUCAUGGGUGCCCCGGGGUUGCCGUAACGCACGCGACACCUUGCAGUCGGUCCCCUAGAUCGAGAUCACAAUAUCAUCUGGGAACAUCAUGGUCCAAGGGGAAUCCAGUUUCACCUCAUCUGUCAGCCGAUCCAUUACCACAGCAAACAGGAAGGGGCUCAGGGCGGAUCCCUGAUGCAGUCCCACCUCCACCUUGAAUUCGUCUGACACAACUACGGCACAAUAAAUGCUCAGAUUAAAAAGCAAAAGAAUUUUUGCAUUUUGGUGACAUUGAUGUUUCCCCUUGGUGUGAAUCCGUGCAAGUAAUCCAUACAAUACAUGAUACAGCUCAUCCCUAAUAGCAUGUGUCCAGCCGUGAUAGAAUAAAGGAUUAGGCUGUAAUUUCCGCAUUGU